AAAUACCUGACGUCACCUAUCAGGGACCCUGAUUCCGGCCACGCAUAACCGACUGUCUCUCUCUAUCUCUCUGUUUCUUCUUGUUCCUCAGACACAAGCAAAACCUGCGAAUACAGACGACGCAUUGAAUUUGAUGGAGGAGGUAAGGACAGUGAAAAUUAACAAUGUCUCCCUCAGCGCAACGGACCAUGAUCUAAGAGAAUUCUUUUCCUUCUCCGGUGAAGUUGAAUAUGUGGAACUACAUAGUAACAAUGAGACGUCUCAGGUUGCAUACGUUACCUUCAAGGAUGCCAGUGGAGCAGACACAUCGAUCCUCCUUUCGGGAGCGACUAUAGUUGAUCGACCUGUUACCAUAGAUAUGGCUGCAGAUUACAAGCUGCCAGCUGCUGUGGCAUCAACACUUCCAGCCGCAACAGUUAAUGUAAAUGCUGGCGGCCCCAAAGAUGCUGUCCGAAAGGCAGAGGAUGUUGUGAGCAGCAUGCUAGCAAAAGGGUUUAUUUUGGGAAAAGAUGCUAUUAGCAAGGCAAAAGCCUUUGAUGAGAAACACCAGAUCUAUUCCACUGCUACGGCCACAGUUGCUACAUUGGACCAAAAGAUUGGUUUUAGUGAGAAACUUAGUGCCGGCACAACCAUGGUAAACGAUAAACUGAGGCAAAUGGAUGAGAAGUUUCAGGUCUCUGAGAAGACAAAGUCUGCAUAUUCAGCUGCAGGGCAAACAGUCAGUACUGCAGGAUCUGCACUCAUGAGCAACCGUUACAUAUUAACUGGGACAGCAUGGGCUACUGGUGCUUAUAAUAGGGCUGCCCAGACAGCAAAUGAAGUGAGCCAGAAGACAAAGGAAAAGGUUUUAGCUGAGGAAGAUAAAAAUGGCAAUAAAGGGGAAGGCAGUCAAGUGGAAGGCAUUAAAGCGGAAUGCAGUAAAGCGGAAGGCAGUCAAGCAGAUGGAAAUAAAGCGGAAGGCAAUAAAGCAGAAGGCAAUAGAGCAGAAGGUAGUCAAGCUGAAGGCAAUAAAUUAGCGGAAGACAGUAAAGCGGAAAGCAAUAAAGUGGAAGGCGGUUCUUAGAUCCAUCGAUUCCAUUCUCCAAAACUCAGCUGCUACUAAUGAGUAAUGAGCAACCUGGCCCCCAAAGGAGGCUUGAUCUUCAGUUUUGAUAAACUUGUGAUUACUGCAGUAUUUUGUGUUAUUACCAUCUACAAGAUUAGUGUAGUACUGUAGUAGUAGUACAUUUUCCAGGUUCAUUUAGAAUUUGUAUUGUACAACUGGAAUUGCUGCAAUAAAGCUUUUAUUGAAUGACUUC